GUGGUUUAAAAAGGGAAAAAAGAGGAAAAAAGAAAGGAUCUACAUGCACCGCCUGCAGUCUGUGCAGUAGUGCUUGAAGCAGAGUGAUCGUCGUGCUGAUAUUUGGGCAGGCCCCACUGAUGCUAUAUCUGUGCUGAGCAAGCACGAAGCUGGUCAGUUCAGUGUCCGGAUUCGUGCUUUCCUAGCACUGAUAUUAUCACCAACGGGCUCCGCUCUUGCUAUGUUUCAUGUCUGGCUCGAUUUCCAUGCGGCUGGGUUACGCCAUCAUUCAUUCCUCAUGUAAAGUGAGUCCACAUAUCGCUGGUGGUCAUUCUGAAAUUUCAUUUUCCGCUGCAGUAAUCUGAUAUCCACUACCGUCUUCACCCGAAUAGAACGCCCGGUCAUUAUCGCUGCAAGUGGACAGAAAAUUGCCUCAGAUACGUGGCUAUAAUGACCAUCGGGUGAAUACGGCAGGGAUCGUUCUGCAUUUUAUCAGCUCUUUGACGCUUCUGCAAAAGCCAGUUAGAUUGUUAGGUGUACUCAUGCAAGACUUUUUUCAAUGAGCUCUGGAGUCUGGACGCGAUUACAGUCAGAUGCAUCCUGGUCUCACUGUAGUUACAGUCAGAUACGUUGAAGAAAGUCCUGAUGCGAGUAUGCCCUGACUCAGAAGGGGUACUGAGAUUGCCAGCGUCAGGAUACAGGGCUUUUCAUGGGUUAUGCUGCUAAUGCGUUUUUUCAACUUUUGAUCGAGUUCGUGAUUCUUGGCUGAUCAGUGGCUGCUAUGUGAAAUCAAAGCAGUGGGUGUUGGGUUGUGACAGUGUUUUCUCUCAAAGAAAGGAGGAGCCGAAAAGAUAGGACAAGAACAGAUAUGCAACCUCCUGUGUCAGUGAGCCGGCAAUCGGUUGACGAUUCUGGGCCUUUUGUAUUGUCAGAAUUGGGCUGGCGAUUGCCGGAGGUCGGCAUAGUCAUUCGGGCUCUCUAAACAGUAAUUCUGUUGCCGAUAGGGGCCAUUGAGGGGAGAUUUGUGGAGCAAGCAUCAUGUUGCUCUUUGUACGUUGGCGAUCAGCGUCUUCCCCCCCCGAACUUUAGCCCCCUGAAAAUGAGCGUAUACAAGGUAUGUUUCUGGCCCGAUACAGUGAAAAUGAGGGUGCUUUGUGUUGGGGGGAAGACGGUGGAUCGACUGCAGGACUGCCUAUGGUUGUGCAGUGGUGGCUCGACUGGGCUCGCAACUGUGCAAUGUACCUGGCCAUGUCUCGGAUAGCUUCAGGACAAACGCCACGAUGAUGAUGGUACGAUCCUCUUCUCGCUUGCAUCUUGAAGCGCAUGCAGGGAAAAGAGUGGGUUUGUGUUGUUUUUUAAUCAUUUCUUUUUAGUAUUGGAAGCAUUCCAUAAUUUCCAUUGGUUGAUUGAUUGGCGCUAGUGUGCAAAUGGAUUGCAAUCGAUGUUUUGCGGAUUGAGGUGGUGGAAAACACAUUUGUGGGUGGAAGCUGCAUUCCAUAGAUGGAGAUCUUUGGAAUAUGUUUUCGAAUUUCCGCAGUCGGCUGGAUGGCAGGUGGUCUGAUUUGCACACUCAUGGUAGGAAUUGAAAGAGGAGCUGAAGUGGCCUACAGCGCAGAGCUGUGCAACACUGGAUAUGGCAGGGGUAGGCCGCCUGUUUUGGCCAUUUUAGCUGAUGCAGACGGGGGUGGCCUUCUGCUACGACACUAUCUUCCCUCAGCAGGAAGAUACCAUUCGGGUUGUGUAGUCAGAAACGGAGCUGAAGAGUGCUACGUGCAGCAGACAGGGAUGUGGCCCUCUGCUAUGACACUACCUUCUCUCCGCAGGAAGAUACCAUUUGGGUCGUGUAGCCGGAAACAGGACUGAAGACCGUGGCCGGCUGCGGACAGGGAUGUCGUUGAGGGAGGCAGGUGGAUAUGUACACCUAGCAAGUUAGCUUUUGAGAAGGGAGUGAAAUUCACCUUGUAUUGUGGCGCUGCAUGCAUGCGUGCAUGCUGUGACCUGAGACGACAUCGGGGAUGCCUUUGGCUGAGGGAAGGGAGAAGUUUCCCUUGAGACGACAUUCUGGAUGAGUGUGAUCAUGUCCUGGCAUAGCUAGACGGGAGGAGGUGAAAUAACCUGAUUAUUUGUGGUGCUGAAUGCAUGCGUGCAUGCAUAAUGGAAUGUCUCUGGUUUCGUUGAAGGCAGAGGUUCUCCUUGAGUCCUUGGGGCGGAAACGCCGACGACGAAUGUAUCCACGUCUUGGCUUCGCUAGAAGCUUUAUGGUCGUAGAGUAGUUUUUUGUAGAAAUGCAUGUAGGGUGGAGGUUCUUGCUGGUGCGGCAUCGUUGCGGAUGACGAGUGCGACUGUGUCACAGUGGCGCUAGAGGCUUCUUUCUGGUGAUCGGGUUAGCUCUUGUCGAAAUGUAACUGGGGUGGAAGAAAUCUGCAGGCAGGUAAAAGUGGGAGAUUCUCAGGGAGAAUAUGUACGAGGACAUUGUACAGAAGCUAUUCCAGAGUGUAUUUUCACAGAACGUGUUAGACAUUGCAGUUUCGAGGUGGAGGUGUUUCACUCAACUCAUUUCUGAUGGGGAGGUGGUGGGAAGUUUGGGGGGCCAAUGGAAGGCCCGCUCAGUGCACUAUUUUUUCCCUCUGUCAGCCAGUCUUCUUAGUUGUGGAGGAUUCUUCCACGGUAGAGUGUUUGUAAUUUUGCGAGGCGAUCCUUCCAUUCUUUUACCCUCCUGUUCUUUCCCCUCCAUUCUUGUCCCUUGUCCCAUAUUUUGUUCAUCUCCUAUAGUCGCUUUCUUGUCCCAUAUUUUCUUCACCCUUGCCUCCGUCCAUAGUAGAGCUGCUUUUUGGCCCUCAGCUGAUCGUUCCGGGGGCCACAGCAGAGGGGUAUUCAAAUUAGCUUCUCGCGCCCCAAGCUUCAGCACCCAUAACUGAGCAUUCGGGACCCUGGUUUAGGCCCCAAACUGCUUCUGGGAUCCACAGCUGAGUGUUUGAGGGUCCCACAGUUGAGCUAUUUCUGGGCCCUUUCUUCUCUUGUGUCCACCCAGAUCUCAACACCACGAACAACGGGUCGUCUUCCUAAUCAACCCUCUGAGCCCUGAUCUGAACGUUCUUGCGCCUCGAGAUUUUGCACUCAGAACUGCGCUUUGGGGAUCCUGGUUUGGACCUUGGAACUGCUUUUGGGACUAGAACUGAGGUUCUCAGUCCCAGAAUUGAGCUUCUUUGGGUAGGCCAAGCUUCUUUGAGUCCGAAAGUUUUUUUAGGCCCGGGCCAGAACAUCUUUAGGAUCCAAAUUGAUUGAGUUUCAACUUUCAAGGGGUCUGUAACUUAGCCGUCGAAACUCGGUUAUAGACCCCAAACUGACUGAGUUUCAAGGGGAUAACUGAGUUGGGGGGGAGUGUCUUGGGCCUGAGAUAUGUGGGCCCGGAACGGAGCCGUAAUUUGCAAAAGGCCCAGUUGGGUCUUCUUGGUUCUCGUUACUGACUGGCAAUUGUACUUGUUGGCUAUGUAUACUGCAUUGUGAGCCAGCAAGAGAGAAUGGUUGGGGGGAGUGGACUGGAUGGAGCUGUGGGGCUCGUGGUAGUGAGACGUGCUUUUUGUUCUGGGCAGCUAUGAAAUAUUGUUUUUCGAGUUUGUGAUCGCUGCUGUGUAGCUGUCUUGAUCGCGUGAGGUCUCCUAGUUUGGUCACAAGUAUCUAUAUUUGAUUUGCCGCGGAGACUGCUGCGAUGAAGCAGUGGUGCCAGUCAUGGCCCUAUGAUCGAGACAUUAUGGAACCCUGGCCCAUGCUGCGAAGGGCGAGAGAGCUCUUUUCCAGUUUUCAAAAGUUUUUGUAGAUCUUACCUCUUUUUGGCCGGACUGAAGCUUUUUCCACUUUUCUAAAGUUUUUGCUGAUCUUGCCUUUUUUUUCGCGUGGGGUACUGGAGAAGCGAUGGUGCGCGGCAACGAGGCCACAUGUUUUCCACAUGCCUGCUCAAAAUUUUAUGUUGAUCUUCGAAGUUCCAACUGAACUGCCUACAUCAGACCCUUCAAAGAUCAGCAUUAGAUCCUUAAAAGAGUAGGAGCUGUGACGCGGGCAAGCCGACCGUGGUAAGAGAGGCAGUUGUCGAGGAUCAGAAGAGAGGCCAGCUGUGACAGCUGUGAUGAAGGAUGUCAUCGUGUAAGUGACAUGUUACACUGUCUGUUUGUCGGAAAACAUUGUACGCACGCCUAGUCUUGAUGAGCUGGAAUAACAUCUGGUAUAAAGAACUUUCAAAGGCAUAGUAGGCUCCUAGGUGUAGGCAAUGCGGCAAUGCCUGAUCUAAUGCCUGAUCUAAAGUAGUGUGUAUAUCUCUAUACAUUUAUACUAUUCUAUAGCGAAUCAUCUAUACCAUAGAUGACAGUGCUAUAACCUUUGUGAGAUGGUAAGGACUGACUAUCUGGCCAUGCUCUCCAUCAGAUACUAAAGUGGCUACUUCCCACUUGGCUAUUUGGCUAUAGUCUACAGUGGUGUGCACUUUUUUCAUAUCAAUGAAAGAAAUGAAGUCGUUGGCAGUCGUUGAAGGCAUGUGUACGCCCGAGCUGACACUGUUGUUAUCAUUUUUCAGACUUUCUUUGGCUGUUUCCCCCCCCACUUUGGAGCUUUCUGCUACAUUGUACUAUACCACAUAGCGCAAGUUGGAAUCCCGCCCAAUGAGUAGCAGACUUAGCUCAUCGUCGUUGACUUGUUAUGGCUAUCUGGUGGGGAGACGGGUUGCGGGCUGUGCUCCGGUGACUCGUAUCCAUGUUCAGGACCAUACGACUGCCACUGUUAA